AUGUUGGCAUCUUCAGACGUACCAACGGAAGGCCUUGCAGCACUCAGUGCCAUGCCACCUGAAAACACCAUAACCGACAACGUCACUAACGCAUCGGCAUCUUCCCCAGGGAACAACGCCAAUGAUGGGCCUCAUACCGCUGCAGAUACUCAGAUUGAGGCUGGGGAGCCAUCCAUUACUCACAAGACUGGGACAGACGAUCCGGAUCAUGAGGCAGAUAUCGGACCUGCUAUCUAUCCGCCUGCCCUCGAGAACAUGGAGGUCCUGGGCUAUAUCAAGGACAAGAAUGGCAUUGACUAUUUUCGUGACAUUGGCUGUUCCGCUUCGAUCCAUGACGAGGUGUACUUCGUCUUUGGGGACACAUUCUGCAAGAACUCUGCAGGAAAGUCCGUUGGUACCACGAGCAAUACAAUCGCCUAUGUUGAAGAUCGCACCAACUUCCUCGAGAGCGAGUAUAGAGAGAUCUCAAACAAUGCCAGGGUCAAAGCGUUUGUGCCUCUGAAUGACAGAGAAAUUCGCUUUGAAGAGAAGAACGAAAAUGCUCGUGUGGUGUUUCGCAUGUUUGGUGGGAUAGCUGACAUUGGUGUAGUGGGUGUCAUCUGGUUCCAGAAGUCGAUCAAGUACGAGAACGGCGAGGAAUCUUACCGUGGCGUUGGUCAAGCCAGACUCAGUACCUACUCGGAUGGUAGUAUCAUUGUGGAGCGCCUCCCACCUCUCCUCUUUGGCCCCAACGAGCCGAAGAUAGGUUCAUUCUCCACAUUGUUCUAUAAAGGCCACGUCUAUCUCUGGGGAGACGGUCCAAAGGGGCAGAUAAUGCUUGCUCGAGUGGAUCAGUACGAGACGGCUCUUCGUGACCGAUAUGAGUACUGGAGUGGUAGCGAUUGGGUCCAACGUUGGCACGAUGCCGUUCCUGUCUUGCACGAUGUCCAGCACGGCGCCAUUAUUCACACUAACCUGUUCGGUAAAGAAAAACCAUUCGUCUUCGUCGGAGUAAACAAUCGGGCGGACAGUAUGGUUCAGAUUGGCGCAGCUGCGGAGGUCCAAGGCCCUUUCGCCCUCACGGCUGUAUGCCAAGCAACAGGCAUUAAGAACGACAAAGAGCACAAGUGCUGCAUCUACCCUCAUAUCUACCCCCAUCUUUGGGCCUCCAAUGUGCCAAAGCGUGAAUUGAUGAUCACUUGGAGCGAGAGUCCGCCUGGUGGAGUCAUCGCUGCAAAGCUGAAGUUCAAGAUCGAUGAGGUCGCGGCCGUCAAGGAAGCCGAGGAGCGUAAGCGUGCAGCCGAAGAGCAGGAGACCCGUCGUCUUGCCAGCAUCGCCAAAGAGCAGGAGGCAAAUUUUGAGUAUGGUUUCGUGUCCGAUGAGAGCGAUGACCCCAGACCAAGGAGGGAUCGCUCAGAAGGACGCCUGAAGACAGGCUAUGUCUUGAGGGUGGUACGCACCUCUUCCGAUCAUCCAACGAAACCGUAA